AUGGCCUCAGGCAUCGCUAGCGAUGUCAAUUCGAGGUCCGUAACCAGCUCUGUCAAAUCCUCAUCUGGACAUGCCGUGAUCUUGCUCCCCUUGGUCCUGCACCUGGAGUGCUUUGAUCUCUAUCGCCUGGAAACAGGUGGACCGCUUGCAACGGACCAACAAAAUUGCUCUGACGCAGCAGCAGCUUCACUGGGCGCCGAGGUUGUGCCUCUGGCGCAGAGGGCUGCAAGAGAACCAACACUCUGCUCUUCUGUAGACGUCUUGUCCGGAGUCAAAGUCUUGAAGCUCUUGCACUCACACCGUGCGUGCGAUUCGUUGAUCCGGGAGUCCUACCAAAGAUCGCGAGUACCCUUACUCCCCCACAAGAUUCUGGACGACAUCCUACGGUCCAUUCGAGAGGUGCUCGACCAGAUCCCCUUGGAUGGGUUAGAGAGACACCUCGGCCAGGUGUCCACUCGGAUCUUUGAAAACUCCUCCCACCCGUUAGUCCCCUCCCACCGUUCCAUGACAGCAGAAGAGUACGUCUCUCUUUUCACAGGAGAGCGUCUCCGCUGGGAAGCCGUCGGCAACGUUUUCGCCGUGGCCGGUCGGGCUCUGGUUGCAACUCCCGGCGACGAUCCCCUGUUUAUAGAGAGCCGCUUGCCUGCCCACUCAACUCUCUUGUCCCAGAUAUCUGAAGCCAGCGACCUUUGCCUGUCCUUUUGUACUAGAGCAUCUUGCUCAAACGAGCUUCUAGUCUCAUUGCAGGUCAACGACUUGAUGUUGAAGACGCAGCAACACGGCGAUUCAAGUUAUCAAGCAUGGCGACGUCUUGGAGAUCUUUCUGCCACGGUGUACUUCUCAGGCCUUCACAACCACGGUCAGGAGGAUGACAGCGAUCCUGUCUUUCUCGCCCAAAUGAAACGGGGCUGCUUCGCCGCCGCCUUCUACGUCGACAAGUGCGUCGCCACGUUCUUGGGGCGACCUCCUCUGUUGAACUACCGACACUGCAGUUUGGUUCUGCCGUUGGAUCUCAGCGAUGAUGUCCUGGUCGCAGAUUCCUCCUCUCUCGCCAAAGCCAUCGAAGAGCUGGCACCAGGUGGUUGGGAUCCGCAAAGGCGGGCUCACCGAACAAGCCUUGUGCGCAUCCGUCUCCUACUCGCCGUGUUCAAAGCCAAGGUUGUAGAGUCGACCGCAGCGCCAUACAAUCACGAAACAUUACCAAAGGCAAAUCACGUUCUAGAAGAAGCCCAAUCCAGCUGGGAGCAGUGCCCCGACUGUCUGCGAUACGACCGCUUGAAACACGACGAGACCGAUAGCCAUUUCGAUGCCAACACCUUCACAAUAAUGCCCAUAUAUCUCGACUUCCUCCAUAGCCGUUUCCUUCUGCUGCAAUAUGUAGCACAGCAUGCGAGUGAAAGCCGAGGUGCCUUCCUGGAGACUGCUCGGCAAAUCCUGGCUACGGUUGUCGAAGCGACAAGGUAUCGGGUGUCAAAGAUCGACCUCAGUCGAGAUUACUCUUGGAUUACCCUGUAUUACGGUGUUCCAAGUGCGACGGUGUUAGCCCAAGAGCUGCACCGAUCAAGACGUGCCAGAGAGGGACCACCCGCUCAGUUCCCGACCGCCGAGACCAUUCGCAACUUGUGCGUCUUUUUAUCCAACUUGUCAUGGGUGGUCAGCCCAACUCAUGGCGACUACCAGUUCUGCAAAGAUGCCCAACGACGCCUAUCACAGAUGGUGGACGAAAUCCUCGAACCUACCAGCUCACCUCCAGCGGACACAAUAGCCUUGGAUGAGCCUCUUGACCCCAUGCUCGAAUGGCUUGACUAUGGCAAUUUGGAGUUUGGGCCGGUCAUGUUCGGCUGA